UUUCGAAAAUGAUCUGUAUAUUACAAGAAAAUAAAAGCCUUGUUUUUUUGUAAUAUACAUUGGUUUUGUCCAGAUCGGGAGACACUGUAAAUCCUUCGAUUCUAGUCUCCUCGAUCAAUUCCAUAAGUACCUGCAUUGCACGGAUCCGAUAGGGUUUGAGAAGUUUGAGAUAUUUUUAGAGGAAAAUUUCAGAGAUGGAUCCGAUAUCGGCAGUUAGCGAAGAGCUUGGGCAGAUCGACGGACAGAUAACCGACAUUUUUCGAUCUUUAUCAAAUGGGUUUCAGAAAUUGGAGAAGAUCAAGGAUGUCAAUAGGCAGAGUCGGCAGUUGGAAGAGCUUACUGGGAAGAUGAGGGAUUGUAAGAGGCUUAUCAAAGAUUUUGACAGAGAAGUGAAGGAUAUGGAGAGUCGAAAUGACCCAAACACUAAUAGAAUGUUGAAUGAGAAAAAGCAAUCAAUGAUCAAAGAGUUGAAUUCAUAUGUGGCUCUAAAAAAGCAAUAUGCAGCCAAUCUUGAAAACAACAAGAGAGUCGAUCUUUUUGAUGGGCCUGGAGAAGAAUUAAAUGAAGAAAAUGUGUUGUUAGCUUCAGCUAUGUCAAAUCAGCAGUUAAUGGAUCAUGGAAAUCAGAUGAUGGAUGAGACUGAUCAAGCAAUUGACAGGGGUAAAAAGAUUGUUCAAGAGACCAUAGAUGUUGGAACAGAAACAGCAGCAGCUCUUAAGGCUCAGACUGAACAAAUGAGUAGGAUUGUUAAUGAGCUUGACUCUAUCCAUUUCUCAAUUAAGAAAGCUUCUCAGUUGGUGAAGGAAAUCGGUAGGCAGGUUGCAACUGACAAGUGCAUUAUGGCAAUGCUUGUACUUAUUGUCAUUGGGGUCAUAGCAAUCAUUAUUGUGAAGCUUGUAAACCCGAACAACAAGGACAUUCGGGACAUUCCAGGAUUAGCCCCUCCUGCCCAGAGUCGCAGAUUACUUUGGAAUCCUAAUUGAGAAUCAAUGUUAGAAAAGGGCCACAUCAUGAGCUUAUCAGGAUAAUUCACACAAUCUGAGAGUGCUAGACUUCGAUGCUGUUGACAGGAUCCAGCAUUGCCCGACCAUUUUUCGGUGGAGAAACUGGUGUGUUUUUCUCUAAAAAAUUGACUUCCUCAAAUGAUUUGUCUCCAGAUUUAUUGUUAUAGUUCAUUGAAUAGCUUAAAUUGGAAGAGAUCAGCAUGGAUAACCCAGAAUGAAAGAAAGUAUCUCCAACUUAGGGAAACCUAAACAAAAAUUAUGUAUUCCGAGUAUUUUUGGUUCAUACCAUGUAUAAUCCACCAUUGUAUGAUUUUCUUUUACCAGCUUCAUAAUAUUUUUAAUAUUUUUUUUC